AAAAUUGGAGAAGGUGCCUUUGGGUCAGUAUUUAAAGCAUUUGAUACCAAGCAAAACAAAACAAAAGCUCUUAAAAUCAUCAAAUACUCUUCUGCUGAGGAAUUGAAUGGAAUGAUGAAAGAAGGUUCUCAAUUGAUGAACAUUGAUCAUGAAAAUAUUAUCAAAGUUAAUGACUUUUUUGUGGAUAAUUCUCAAUUAUUGUGUAUUGAUAUGGAUUUCUAUUCGAAUGGUGAUUUACUCAAGCUAAUGAACGAUACGGAAUGGUGUAGUGAAAGAAAGGUAAAGCAGAUUAUUUAUCAGAUUUGUGAUGCUUUGAAUUUUGUUCACACAAAACUGAAAGUUAUUCACAGAGAUGUCAAACCAUCUAAUAUUUUUAUUAGAGACCUUGAUUCCGAUAAUAUUCAUGUUGUAUUAGCCGAUUUUGGUCUAGCCAAAGCAAGUAUGGGUUCAGUUGACAGAUCUUAUGCUGGCACUCCUUUAUACAUGUCUUUAGAACUCGCAACUGGAGGAAAGUACAGUUUCAACACCGAUAUCUAUUCAUUGGGAGUGGCUAUCUAUCAAAUCAUG